AUGAAACUUAAAGAAGGGGAAUUCACGGCUGCUAUAUAUGGUGCGAUUAAAGAUCAGAAAUAUAAAGAAGCGGUGAACAUGUUAAAUCAACAACUCCUCGUCCAUCCAAGCAGUCGAGCUGCACUUUCAUUACUCGGUUAUUGCUUUUAUCAGCUACAAGAUUUUGUUAGUGCUUCUGAUUGUUACGAACAACUGACUCAACAUUUCCCUGAUAUAGAAGAAUAUAAGUUUUAUUUCGCUCAAUCGCUGUAUAAAGCAGACUUGUUUCAAGCGGCGACUAAAGCUGCAGCUCAAAUUGAAGAUCCAAAUUUUAAGGAAAAACUUAACAAACUCAAUGCUGCUAUACAUUAUGGUGAAGGUGAUUUAUCUGGUUCACGUAGUAUAGUUGAACAAAAUCAUUCUGGUGAUAUUGAUUCAAUUAUUAAUCUUGGAUGUUUAUUCUAUCGCGAAGGAGAUUAUCAAAAAGCUUGCCAACACUUUCAACAAGCUAUACAAAUGACUGGUUUCCAACCACAAUUAUCUUAUAAUAUUGCAUUAUGUUAUUAUCAAAUGAAACAAUAUGCUCAAUCAUUAAAAUAUAUUGCUGAUGUUAUAGAACAUGGAAUAAGAGAUCAUCCAGAACUUGGUGUUGGUAUGACUACAGAAGGUUUAGAAGUACGAAGUGUUGGAAAUACAUUAACAUUACAUGAAACUGCUUUAAUUGAAACGUUUAAUUUAAAAGCAGCUAUUGAAUUCAAUUUAAAAAAUUAUACAUCAGCAUCUGAAGCAUUAACAGAUAUGCCACCAAGAAAUGAAGAUGAACUUGAUCAUAUCACAUUACAUAAUCAAGCAUUAAUGAAUAUGAAUAAAGAACCUGGGAUUGGUUUUCAAAAACUUCAAUUUUUAUUACAACAAGAAACAUUUCCACCGGAAACAUUUGCUAAUCUUUUAUUACUUUAUAUUAAAUAUGAAUAUUAUGAUUUAGCUGCUGAUGUAUUAGCUGAAAAUGCAACAUUAGCCUAUGAAUAUUUAUCAACGGAUUUAUUUGAUUUUAUUGAAGCUGUAAUUCUUAGACAAACUGCUCCACAAGAUGCUUAUAAUCGUCUUGAUCAAAUGGCUAUUAAACAUACAGAACAAUUAAGACGAUUAACAAAAAUAAUUCAAGAAGCUAGACAAAAUCAAAAUGAUGAAUUAGUUAGAACUACUGUACAUGAAUAUGAUAUGGCAUUAGAAAAUUAUAUUCCAGUAUUGAUGCAACAAGCUAAAAUCUAUUGGGAUAUGGAAAAUUAUCAACAGGUUGAGAAAAUCUUUCGUAAAUCAGUUGAAUUUUGUAAUGAUCAUCCAAUAUGGAAAUUAAAUGUUGCCCAUGUAUUAUUUAUGCAAGAGAAUAAAUAUAAAGAAGCAUGUAAUUUUUAUGAACCCAUUAUAAAACGUCAAUAUACAAAUUUAUUAAAUAUUAAUGCAAUUAUUAUAGCUAAUUUAUGUGUUACCUAUAUAAUGACUAGUCAAAAUGAAUAUGCUGAAGAAUUAAUGCGUAAAAUAGAAAAAGAAGAAGAAGAACUAGAACAACAACAACAACAUCAAGAAGUAGUUCUUGAAGGAGUUGAAAUAGAUCCAUUGAAUCAUCAUUAUUCUAAUAAAAAAUGUUAUCAUUUAUGUAUUAUUAAUUUAGUAAUUGGUACAUUAUAUUGUACUAAAGGGAAUUAUGAUUUUGGUAUUAGUCGUAUUAUGAAAAGUUUAGAACCAUAUCAAAAGAAAUUAGGACCAGAUACAUGGUAUUAUGCUAAACGUUGUUUCCUAUCACUGAUUGAAAAUAUGUCAAAACAUAUGAUUUUAUUAAGAGAUGCUGUACUCAUGGAGUGCAUGCAAUUUUUAGAACAUUGUGAAUUAUAUGGACGUAAUAUAAAAGUGAUUAUUGAACAACCAAUUGAACCACAGAAAAUUCAUCCAGGACAAAAUACUAUUACAUAUGAAGCACGUUUAUUAAAAUCACUUCUAUUAGAACUUAUUCAAGGUUAA